AUUAACUAAUGAUUUUAAAAAUUAGAUAACUCUUUUCAACGACAGCAGAUAAUUUGUCUAGUACUAGACAAUGGAUGAAAUUCUUUAAUAAUCCUACUGGAAUACAAAUAAAUAUUGAAAGGAGUUUAAAAAAUGAAGCUGUAUUCAUCUAUAAUAUUAUAGACUGAAAAUCUUAAUUAUUAUGUUCGACAAAAUUAUAAGACUUUUAAUUAAGAAUAGUUAUUUUAAGCAUAUGUUAAAAAGGAUCUAUAAUUUGAAAUAUAAAAAUAAGUAUAAAUGGAAGUCUUAGAAAGAUUUGUUGCUGAUUAAAUGACUUUUAGUGAAAAUAUGCUUAUUUCUUAUUUAAGUAAAGAAGCUUAAAUGUUACCAGCUUUUUAUUCAGUUAUAGCAUAAAAUCUCCUGAUUAGUGGACUUAAUAUUUUUGAUAAACUUAACAUUAUCCAAUAAAUUGAGUAUAUGAGGUUAUCUUUAUAAACAGGGUUUUUAAAUCCAGAUAUAUUUUAAAAAUUCAUCAAGAACUUAAAAAUAGAUGAUCAAUUUAUAGAAACUCUAACUUUACUUUAAUUUAGAUGUAUAAUGGUUGUAUUUGAUCAUUGUGCCACUUCUCCAUAUGAUUUGGGAUUAUAACCAGGUUUUAUUGAUUAUUUAUUUAAUAAAUACAUACAAAGAUUGAGUAAUUUUGAACUUGUGGCUUCAGAGAUAUCUAAAUAAGAGUUCUCUUAGCUGAUUAUUAAUAAUCACUUUAGUUUUUUGAGUGAAGAAUAGUUCAAUGAAAUUAAGAUUGUUUAUGCUAAAAUGUAUAGAAUUUAUAAUUAAUUAGUCUUGAGAAAAUGUAUAAUAAAAAUUAUAAUUUUAUUGUACAUAAAAAUUUAAGCAGUAAAGAUAUUGCUAGAAGAUUAUUAUGGCUUUAUUCACCAGAAGAUUUUAAAUUAAUCUAAAGAACUCUCACUCAUUUAAUAUCUAAUAUUAUCUAUCAAAGUGAAUUUAAAGUUGAUUAUACUAUAUAUGCAUUACCAUGUAAUUAAUUAUCAAAUAAAUCAUAGUGUAUUUUAAGUAUUUCUCCCCAUAAUUAUACUAUUUAUCAUUAAAAUAAUGUUAGAAAUAACAAAGCAAUAAACCUACAAGGAAUGAUAUUAAGCAAAUUCUUUAUUUAUUGAACAGCAAUUCUAUCAAAGGAUUUAGAUCUAUUCUAAAUGAUAAAUUCAUGCUUGAAGAUGCAGAAAGUGUUAUAAAAAGUAUGCUCAUUUCUUACCUGAAUAAUGUUAAAGACGAUGAAUUAUUAAUUUUUGAAGAUGCUUUUGAUCCUAAUAUGGAAUAAGAUGGAGAAAUUGAAUUUAAUGAUGCUGAAUAUUCAGAAAUCUUACCAUAUUAUUAAAAUAAUCAAAGAAGUUCAGAGAUGUAAAAUCAUCACAAUUAAAAAUAAUUUAUUGUUAAUUUAACACAUAAAUUCUAUUUUUUAUAAAAUAGUUUGAUUAAAAAUGGAUUCUAAAGAAUUUAAACUUCAAAAAUAAAUAAGAGAGUUGUUAUCUUAGAUCCCGUUCUUAGCUAUAUAGAAGCUUUGUAUUUUGCAUCUAUUUUAACUCCUGACUAAUAACCUUCAACAAAAUUAUUUAAAACUACAUAAAUGUUAAAAUUCAUCAAUAAUCUUAUUUAUAUGCCUAAUCUUAUAGAACAUUUAAUUUAAUUGAAUUAAACUUGGCCUAAUUUAUUUAGCGAAGAAAUAAAAUCUAUAAUAAUUACUAAUAAAUAUAAAUUAGAUUAAAUAUACAAUACUUGUAAAAGUCCUUAAGAAUUUAUUAAUAAAGUAGAAGGACAAAUAAAAAAAUCUCAUUUAGAAAGAUCUAGAAAAUAAUUAUACAGAAAUAGAACAUAUUAAGGAGUUUUAUCAAUUUUCAAUUUUGUCCGUCCUAAACCACAUAAUACAUUAUCACCAAUAUUAAAAAACCCAUUCGAAGAAUACACAAUAGAAGAAGCAUAUUCUAACUCAGAUAUGAAUGCUUAUUGGAAAGUAAGUUAAAGAAGUGAGAAUGUGAUUUAACAUACUCAUUUUAAAGAAUUAAUAUUGUAAGCACUUAAACUUGAUAAAAAUGAAUGGGUAAUGAAUUAUAGUGACUUUCCACAUUUAGUUGAUUUUGUUUGUAUAAAAUAGAAAAUAGCAGUCUUUUUGGAAGAAUAUCCUCGUUUAAUAAAAGGAUUGGAGAAAGUACAUACAUUUGAAACUGAAAGAGCAGCUGAGUAUUUCUAAAGACUUGGUUAUUAAAUUAUAUUUAUAGAUUAUAAAGUGUAUCAUCCAGAUAGCGAGUAGUUAUUGAAUAUUUUGAAAUAAAAAUUUGUGUUUCGUUAUAAUUGA